CUGGUGUACAUGGUGGUAGGUUGGACUCGAUCUCAGAGUUAUUUUCCAACCUAAUUGAUUCUGUAAAAAUGGCUCUGACAAGCAAGUUGAAGCAUUCAGUGCUUUUAUCCUACUAAGUGGAUGAAAAGGAAGUGAAUGAGGUUGAUUUGACUAUGCAGUAGGUAAAAGGAUACCACACCCUAAGGAAGGUGCAGGUGAUACAUGCCUCUAUGGGGUUUGGAAGGCUCCACCUAACCUGAGCAGUGUGGAUGUGAGUUGGUUUCAUUCCAGAUCUCUUAAUUGCAUUUGCAUGGUGAGGAACUCAGACUAACCACUUUAUCUUAAACUUGGAAUAGGCUGGGAACACACGCGUAGUCAAUUAGAGCUAUUCAGUGAAUUAAUGUGGGUUGGCAAAACAACUGGUUGCUUGUCUGCCCAUAUAUUUAAAUUCUAAUGCCAUUGCUUACAUGCCAGUUGAACUUUAACAUCUUUACAUACAAAGCGAGUGAGGAGUCUGUCAGUGCUGAGAACACAUUCUCAUGAGAGUUUCACAUACUUGUUUUGCUCUGUAGGAACACUAACCUGUAAUUUACACAGCUGAGUCAUUGUUCUGUCAACCUGGCUAAGUACCGGCUUACAAAGACAGACAAUUGAGCUCACAUUCGACUAGUGGUCUUGGUUGAACAGCCACAAUGGGUUCUGCCAUUUUUUGGUUCUUAAUCAUCUUUCUCUACAGAAUACAAUUAUUUAAAAAUGGGAGCUUGCUUCUGUUGAUAAAGCUACAUUUUACCAUUUCUUUAGUCUUAGUGGCAAAUAUAUUCCCAUUAUUUAGCAUGUUACAAUACAACUCUAUAUUAUUUUUGGCUUUAGUAAGUACAAGCAUUUUCCAUAGUCACCCCAAUCAUGAUUGCACUUUUUUUUUUUUAAAGUAAAUGGGUGGCCACAGUUUAUUCUUGGACCUCUCAGGUCAAGUUUUCCCAUUGUGUUCUCUCUUCAUUCUGUUUUUUCAAUGCAUAUGAGGACAUACACAUUGAAACCUUUUUAAGUUCACUGUUUCCUGGUAAGAAUGAUGUUUGAAAGAGAUUUCCAUAGAUAUAGAACUGACAGAGUGUGGCAUGGGAGUAACCGUGGUGCACCAGCUCAUCCCACCCUUUGUGACCCUCUGCUGUAAACAUCCACGUGGAAAACACUUAGCACGCUUGGAUAACAUGGAAGUGACACAGUGUGCACUUUAUGACUCUUCAAACACUCUUAGGAAAACAGACCUGUGUCCUUAGGGAAACAAAUCCUCAAAUAGAUCCCUCAUCUCUCAAAAAAAAAAAAAACAACAACAAACUGAAAAACCAAAAAACCUUCCUCUUUGCUUUCAGCAGUGAGAGACCACAGGUGUUGAUCCUUUCUGGCAAAAAUAACUGGUAUCCACAGCCCAUGGCAUAAAGUAGAUGACAGUAGCAGCAAACAGUGGUUUCACUUAAAAAACUUAGAAACAAACUUCUUGUGGUUAAGCUUCCAUCAGGCUCCAUUGUUUUAGCAGCUGGGUUUUCCUGCCUUUAUUAGUCACCUUUUAAGUUAGGCACCAAAAUCUGUGCUUCAUAAUCAUAUUAAAAUACAUAAUUUUUAGAGAGUCCCUUGCAAUGUACAAAGAAGGCCGUAAGCUUAACAUCUUGUGCAAGGCUUUGUCCAAGUGAAGAGCUGUUGUCCCAUUAGUGGAACAGAGAAAACCAAAACAUACACAAGACUGUCUCAGCUACAGAAGCACUGUUGCAAAUUACUGCUCUGAGGAGAGGGUAGCAGACUGAAAAUGAGCCAGUAACACAUCUACCUUUUCAAAAUAUUGUUGCUUUGAGCAGUUUUUUUCCUGUUAUGCUCCUUUCUGUCAUAUCUAGCCACCAACUGGAAUUCUAUGGGAAAAAGCAGCAGCUUUUAUUUUUCCCCAGCAUAAGCUAGGAUCACACUGUGGUAAUCCUUUAAGUUGUAACAGUACACCGUUUCUAGAGAGAAAAUGAGCAUUUUUAUUUUUCAGUUUGAGAGAACAUUAAUAGAUCUGGCAAGUGGGCCUUAUGGCUUCAUUUCUCAAAGGCUGCAGUCACAUCAUUGUGUAGUUUAUAGUGCAAAAACAAGAGGAAUGUUAAUUUUUGGGCUGCUAAAGAAAGCUCUGGGUAAAGAGGGCAAUCUGUAUUGCUGUUUUAGAGGGUUGUUUGAUUGUUGAUUUGUUGUUUAGAGAAACCUAGGCAAUGAUUUGGGCUAGUUGAGUGAAAAAUCAAAUAGGAGCCUUUCUGUAGAAUAGCACAAACUUUCAAAUGCAGGUAUCCCCCUUCAACAUAUCAACUCCAGUUGGAAAGGGUAGAAAAAUGUCAAACUUACCUGCUUUUGCAGUUGGUCCAGAGUGAUUCAUGUCACACAAUAAAGCUUACACAAACGUUGUAAGAAGUAGUUAUGUUGAAGCAACGUGAGGAAGCUUUUUAUCUUGGCCAUCCUGCCCUCACCUGCUUCCUUUUACAAGGGUCAAAUUGUUAACACCUGUCCACUUGCCUACUGGGAAUUCCUGCUCAUUAGGAUUGGGAGGGACAUCUGGAAGUAGUUGUCAACCUGCUUGCACCCUUCAAUUCCAUAGCUUGUUAAUAAAUUAUAAUUAUUCUUACACCCCAUCCUACAUUUAUUUCCAGCACUGCAAGUGGAAGAGGAAAGAGAAAUCGGAUCCAUAAACCCAGCAGAGCCAAGCGGCAGGUGUUUCUGUAACCACAGCAGCAGGACCAAGGUCAAAGCAGUCCUGCUGGAAUGUGCUGGGAUCCAGCACAGCAGCUCCACAACUGUUGUGUAAACACCUUCCUUUAGCAUGACAUCAGACCAGGGAUAAACUUGAGAGUCAUUUUUUUCUCUUCAGGAUAUAGGACCAGUUCUUCCAUUGCCAGUUUUAUAACGGGAUACAGGCUCCUCUGAGUUCAAAACAGAUUUGCUAACAAUGGUUGGAAGCUGUGUGGCUGAGUGGAACUGAGCAUUUCUUGCAGUAAGCCAGCAGACUAGACAAGAUGUACAAGCUCAUCCAUCAUAAUGGCCAUUAAGCACCCAAAUACUUCUGCUGCAGCUUCAUCACUUGCUGCUAGGAAACAGCACCGCUAAUUUCUCCAAACUGCUUAUUGAAAAAUAAGCUACCAUGAAAAUGGGAGAGAUUCCUUGGUCCUUCCACAAUCAACUAACGGGCACAAACACUCACAGGGUGGCAUAAAUGAGCAAAUAUUUCCUUGUCAAGCUGGCAGGAAAAGAUGGAAAAUGAGGAAUUCCUUGCCCAUGACUGACUGCAGAACACCUGGUUUUCUCACACAAAGCUGUGCUUAAAACUGAUUUUUCUCUGCUGUGGUUUCUGUUGUUUUCGUUGGGAAGUUUGUUGCAUCACAGUAAGGUGGUCUGAUGUGUAUAUUUCGAUGUAAGGAGCAAGAAAGGCAUUUUGACCUUCUCAACAGAGGAUCAUGUUUUCUUCUUGCUAACUUCUAUGGACUGUUGCUUUCCUAAUUUUAUUCACAGUCCAGCCUGACUUCUUCAGACUCCUUUCAGCUUCACUGGAAGUUAAUUGAGAAUGUUGCUCAGUCAAACAGAACUGACUGUCCUCAAAUGUACUUAAGUGAUUUGAGUAAGAUCAUACUCCAGUAGUUUAAAACAUGCUCACCAGCAGAGCAGAAAAGCAGAUCGCUUGUUGGCAGCAGGGAAAUAUGAAGAAGCAAUUUCUUGUCACAAGAAAGCUGCUGCGUACCUCACGGACGCCAUGAAGCUGACCCGGUCGGAGCAGGCUCAGCUGUCACUGGAAUUACAAAGGGAUAGUCACAUGAAACAGUUACUGCUCAUCCAGGAGAGGUGGAAAAGGGCAAAGAGGGAGGAAAAGCUGAAGGCCCAGCAGAAUGCUGAUAAGGAAACAGCCACACACCUUCAGACUUCUUAUAAGCCAUCUGCUGAAGACUCUGAUGAUCAAAACAUACUGGUUCCUGUUACUCAGAAAUACAGCCCUUCCACAGAGAAACAUUCGCAGGAUAUUCAGGGUGUCUUUGACAGGGACCCAGAUACACUGUUGUUUCUGCUUCAGAAAAAAAAGGAGCCGAUGGAAGCAUGUAUUGGGAGUAAAGCUCCAAAAGAUGACAAAACAAUAAUAGAAGAGCAGGCAACCAAAAUUGCAGAUUUGAAACGGCACAUAGAAUUUCUUGUAGCUGAAAAUGAGAGAUUAAGGAGAGAGAAUAAGCAGCUAAAAGCAGAAAGAGCUAGACUCCAAAAAUCUCCAGUAGACAAGGAGCUGGAUGUAGAUGCUGAUUUUGUAGAGAAGUCAGAGUUGUGGGGUCUGCAGCAACACUCAGAAAGUACUUCUUCAGCUGCAACGUGGCAGAAGUUUGCAACAACUGCUGGGAAGGCAAAGGACAUUCCAAUACCCAACCUUCCCCCCCUGGACAUCCCAUCCCCUGAACUCCCACUGCUGGAACUCUCUGAAGAUAUACUGAAAGGACUGAUGAAUAGUUAAAACCCAGGAAAAGUGCUCAGUAUAGUUACCCAUACUUAAGAAAAGGGAAAGCCACCAGGACAGUGGUGAUCUGAGGGCAGAAACAUCUACCACAAUCCUACUGUUGGAGAAAAGGCAUUAAGCAACUCUGUUACUGUGAAAUACACAUCAUAUCUGAUCUACUUCAUGAGAGUUAAAGGUACCAUAGUUGGUAUAAGAUGGUGAGCUCUUUUAGUCUUUCUCCCAACGUUUCAAACCAAACGACUGCCUGGAGAAUGUUUCAAGUAACACAAUCCUUCAGGGUUUUUAAGUAUGCUAUAUAUGUAAUAGUUAUCUAUAAUGCCAUAAAUGAUGGUGCAGAACCUAACUGUUAUGGUUGCCAGUCGGCUGCCACUUCAUAUUGAAAAAUGCUUUCUAGCAUGAAUUUAAACUGUGCAUUUCAUUAUGCAUAACUUUGUUAAUUCAGAUACAGUGCAAUUUAUACACCUCCUAGAUGGAUUUAUGUGCCACACUCAGUACUCCUGACCAUGUUAACCUCAAGUCAGGAGAGAUUUUAUUUUCCAUUCUAUGAAGGAACCAACUUAUUAGUUCUGUUGACGAGGUUUUUUUUGGGGGGUUAUCUGUUUACAUAACUAAUCAGGGUGCAUUGAAUCUAGCUAUUGGUUUCUGUAUAAAGUGACAUGGUUUAAAAAAAGAAAAACCUAUACUUAAGGAAAAAUACCCUUUUUGUUUUCAGUGAUGCAUGAAUGGAAUAAUUCUAGCUGGCAGUAUUUGAUGGAAACAGAAAUUGUUUACAGCUUAACCUGAUUCAAAAGGAUAGGAAAAUAAAAACCAAGGUGUUUUGACACUAAA